CACCUCACUUCCGAGUGACUGACGUGGGCACCGCCCGGGUGAGGGCUGGGCUGAGCGCCUUGGAGGGAGGGCAGUCUGGGCUCAGCUUGUGGCCCUCAGACCUGCCAUGGGGUUCCGGGCCGGAGCCGAGCGUCUCGGGCGCUAGGAGCCUCGGUGUUUCCGGCCGGGGACCAUGGAGGCCAACCUACAGGGGACGUUCCUGCUCAACAACACGUCGCUCGCCCAGUUCUCAGAAAUGAAGGCGCCUGUGUGCCAGUACUCGGUGCAGAACUCCUUCUACAAGCUCGGUACUCCGGGGCUGGGCCCCCAGCUGGCCGCCGGGACCCCCCAUGGCAUCUCCGACAUCCUGAGCAGGCCGGUGGCCACCCCGAACAGCAGCCUUCUCUCCAGCUACCCCCACGUGGCAGGCUUUGGUGGACUCAGCUCCCAGGGGGUCUACUACGGUCCCCCGAUGGGCAAUUUCUCCAAGGCUGGGAACGAGUACCCACCCCGGGCCCGGAACUGCUGGGCGGACACGGGCCAGGACUGGCGAGGCGUCCGGCAGUGCAGCCACACCCCAGACCCCCUGGGCGAUAGCAUCCACAAGAAGAAGCACACCCGGCCCACGUUCACCGGCCACCAGAUCUUUGCCCUGGAGAAGACCUUUGAGCAGACCAAGUACCUGGCUGGCCCAGAGAGAGCACGCCUGGCCUACUCCCUGGGGAUGACAGAGUCACAGGUCAAGGUGUGGUUCCAGAACCGCAGGACCAAGUGGCGCAAGAAGAGCGCCCUGGAGCCCUCGUCGUCCACCCCGCGGGCCCCGGCCGGGGAGCGCGCCGCCUCUGAGACCGACGACGACGAGUACAACAAGCCGCUGGACCCGGACUCGGACGACGAGAAGAUCCGCCUGCUGCUGCGCAAGCACCGCGCCGCCUUCUCGGUGCUGGGCCUGGGCGCGCACGGUGUCUGACCCGCCCGGGAGGUGCGGGCAUGGGGGCCUGGGCCGGGAGGAACAGGCGCGGGGAUGGGGGG